AUGAAUGAAUCAAAGAAGCAGAAGGGGAAGAAUCAUGAAGACCCAAAGAAGAUGAACGCUGUGCCCAAAAUUCCCGUCCCGACCAACUAUCGCAACGCAUCCAAGUAUGUGCGAAUUGCUGUGGAGGAAAAACGCAAUAUCCAACCGCUCAUUGAGCAGGACAAACAUUUCCGUUUGGGCCGAACGUUGGUGGGCCGGGCGCUCAGCAAUAUGCCGAUAAUUGAUGCAAUCUACAAGCAGCUCGAUCUCGCCACGGUAGAACCGCGGUUGAACGAGUGGCUGGCGAAGGUUUUGAUUUCGGAGCUGCUGUUCGGCAGUGGCCGAUUGGUCGGUAGCUCACUGCCGGUAGAAUGUGUGAAACGGUACGAGACACAGUUGCGUGCGCUGCUGAAAGAUAUAGAGGCAAAGCAAUCGUCUGCGGGACUCGUGAAAGAACCGCGUUUCGUACGCAUCAACACGAAUCAGUUGAAUUUGGAGGGUGCGAAGCGUUUGCUCGCCGAGGAAGAAUGGAUGCUAGUGGAAGAAAAUUUCACCGACUACCGAUCGUUUCUGGAGCGCGUCAAGCGGCUUGGCGAUUCGGAAUACAUGGAAGAUUUCCACUUUCCCGAUAUGCUGGUGUUUCCGCACAGUGCGAAAUCGUUCUGGGCACGGGCACAGCACCUUCAGGACAGAUUUCUACUGCAAAACAAGGCUUGUCUUCUUCCGACGUAUCUGCUGAAACCGCCCAAAAAGUCGGUCGUGCUGGAUAUGUGUUCUGCACCCGGGCUAAAAGCAACGCAUCUGGCCAGUUUGAUGAAGAACAAGGGCCGUAUAUACGCGGUCGAGCAAGAUGCAAACCGGUACGCGGUACUGUGUGAGUACGCUGGACCCUUCGGCAUGAUAAGAACGAUCCAUAGUGACUGUCUCGAGGUGACGGACGAACAGGUCCCGGGCGUCCAGUAUGUGUUGCUCGAUCCGAGCUGCUCCGGUUCCGGGAUGCUGCAGCGCCAGCUGGUGCCGGAACCGAUCGAUGAGAAACGGCUGUACAGGCUGGCCGGUUUGCAGUACAAGCUGCUGUCGCACGCGAUGAAUGCGUUCCCGAACGUGCGACGGAUCGUGUACUCGACCUGUUCGGUACACGCGCAGGAAAACGAAGGUGUAGUACAGGGUGUGCUGCGUCACAACGGUCACUUUCGGCUACUCGACGCAAGGAAGGAAUUCGGCAAGGAGUGGCUGAACGUUGGCUCACCGGAAUAUCCCGGCAUCGGUGAGCGUUGCCUAUACGCGAAGACGGUGGACGAUCUUACGAUCGGGAUGUUUGUUGCCGUCUUUGAACGGUGCCCGGAGGGUUUCGAGAAUGAGGUUUAUUUGGCGCAUGAGAAGCAGAAGCACAGUUACGAGCUUGUCGCGAAAAAGUUGAGCCGCCAAGGGAAAGUAGAAUGAAAGCAUAAAUCUACUGAGGAAAAUACAGUUGAAGAACAGAAUGGUCAGGAAGAAGUGCAGGAAAAAGCAUCCUCCAAGAAAGGAAAGCAUAAAUCUACUGAGGAAAAUACAAUUGAUCAAGUAGAAGAAGUGCAGGAAAAAGCAUCCUCCAAGAAACGAAAGAAUAAAUCCACUGAGGAAAAUACAAUUCAGGAACAGAAUGGUCAGGAAGAAGGGCAUGAAAAAGCAUCCUCCAAGAAAGGAAAGCAUAAAUCUACUGAGGAAGAUACAGUUGAAGUACAGAAUGGUCAGGAAGAAGUGCAUGAAAAAACAUCCUCCAAGAAACGAAAGCAUAAAUCUGCUGAGGAAAAUACAAUUAAUCAAGUAGAAGAAGUGCAUGAAAAAGUAUCCUCCAAGAAAGGAAAGCAUAAAUCUACUGAGGAAAAUACAAUUGAUCAAGUAGAAGAAGUGGAGGAAAAAGCAACCUCCAAGAAACGAAAGCAUAAAUCUGCUGAGGAAAAUACAAUUAAUCAAGUAGAAGAAGUGGAGGAAAAAGCAUCCUCCAAGAAAGGAAAGCAUAAAUCUACUGAGGAAAAUACAAUUGAUCAAGUAGAAGAAGUGGAGGAAAAAGCAACCUCCAAGAAACGAAAGCAUAAAUCUGCUGAGGAAAAUACAAUUAAUCAAGUAGAAGAAGUGGAGGAAAAAGCAUCCUCCAAGAAAGGAAAGCAUAAAUCUACUGAGGAAAAUACAAUUGAUCAAGUAGAAGAAGUGGAGGAAAAAGCAACCUCCAAGAAACGAAAGCAUAAAUCUGCUGAGGAAAAUACAAUUAAUCAAGUAGAAGAAGUGGAGGAAAAAGCAACCUCCAAAAAACGAAAGAAUACAUCUACUGAGGAAAAUACGAUUCAGGAACAGAAUGGUCAGGAAGAAGUGAAGAAGAAAGUAUCCUCCAAGCGACGUAAGAAUAAUCAGUAG